AUUAUUAAUUAUUAAUUUUCUGUGUAGUGUGUUCCGUUUCCGUACUUACUACUUGUCUUCCGUCCAUGGUUCUCACUUCUCAUUCCACGUCUUACACAUUAGUUGUAUUAUAAUUCAGAACUACAAAAUACAAACCUAAGUUGUUAGAGAACUUAGAAGAGAACAAAACGUCAUAAUGAAUGUUGUGGUGUCCAGUGAAUGUAAAUUAAUAUACAAUUUAAUAUUAAUGUUAUAGUUGUUGAAGAUCGGAAUAAUAGAAAAUCGUAUCAUCUGAAUCAUCAUCGAGUAACCGUGUAUGCAUAUUAUUCUAAGUWCGAGACUUGCCCAUUGCCCGGUAUCAGUUGUCUUUGACACUACCGCUAACAGUAACACUAAUAAUAAUAAACAGUUUUCCCGACUCUUGCGCUUUCUCAAUAAAAAUACGUUCGGGUCUAACUUCUGGUCGAAUCUACAUCGUCGACUAUUUAUGGUUUCACGAACAGAUUUCACCUUUCCAUCUGACAAAUCUCUUAUCUCGCAGAGUACCGUCGCUGUUACCGCAAUGAACAGAAGAAAACUGAAAUUGGACAUGACACACUCUGCUUCAGAUGGUGAGUCUAAAGAAGUUGAAAAUUACGUUAGUAAUGUCAAAGAACAGAUUAUGAAUGCAACUGAACUUAAUAAUUCUGACAAUGUAUGGCAGGAAUGUUAUGAUGAUGUAUCAGGUUUUAUUUACUAUUGGAAUACCCAAACAAAUAAAGUCACAUGGGAAAAACCUGAACAUUAUGAAGCUGUACACAGUAUUGAAAAUCAAGAUGUUGAAAACAAGACAAAAAACUCCAGAAAACGGCUUUCAAGUGAUUCCUUACCUACCCUUGAUUCAAAUUUAUGUAAUGGUUCUAAAAAAUCUAAAUUAGAAUCUAAAGUUUUAAGUUCAUUGGUGGCUUAUGGAAGUGAUUCUAGUGAGGAUGAAAAUGAAGAUGAUAAGGAUCAAAAAACUACUAUACUUCAAAGGUUGCAACAAAAGGCUGAAAUGUUCAAACAAAAGGAAUUGGAUAAAUUAUCUAAAGCUAAAUCACCUGGUUUGUGUGAAACAAAUGGUCAGCCUGAUAUUUUAGACAUUAUAGACAAAGAAGUACCUCCAGAUUAUUUAGUAGAAAAAUCUAAUACAUCAAAAUCUUCAGAAAAGAAAACUACUGGUGAUAUACUUGAUAUUUUAAAAAGUGAAGUACCCCCUGAUUAUGUAGAUUCUAUAUCAAACAAUAAUACUGGAGAAGAAAAUAAAUUAAUUGUUCAGUUGGAUGCUAAUGCAAUUGGUAAACUACAUUCAAAAUCUAUUGAAAAUGAUUCAAAUUCUAAAUACCAUUUAAAUACCGAUGAAAAAAUAAACAAUUCGACUUCAGAUUCUUUGAAAGAAAAUUCAUUUAAAUCUAUUAAUCUAAUUGCUAAUUAUGGUGAAGAUGAUCUUGAAGAUUUAGAUGACCAAAAAAGCGAAUCAACUGAGAAAACACUUGCAUAUGUCCAAGACCCAUGUGCUAACRUUAAAAUUGGAUUUGGUUAUUCUGUCUCAUCCAAACACAAAAAUGGAGGUUCUAUCAAUUUUGUUAAAGGCGAAACAAUAAAUGUACAUGAUAAUCAUAACUUAAAUAAGAAUAAUGUUUUCAAAAAACAUGAAAAAGAUACUAUUAAAAACUUGGAUAUGAAAAAAUAUAAAAACCAUAUUGAAGAUUUGUCCUUACUGAUCUCAUCCAAAUUACAUUUUCUGUCAGAUUGUGAAAAUAGUGAAAAAAUGUCUUCAGUUCAAGUUAUGACUAUUAAAAUUGAUACUUUAAUGGAAGCAUGGAAAGAUAGUUGUUUGAAUGAUGAAUAUUUCUCAAAGUGGUUGGAUGAAAUGGCUAUUGAAUUAUGUACUUUAGAAGAGUCAGUUACACCGGACGGAUGGACAUGCCAAUGGGACAAAAUUAACACGCGGUAUUACUAUCAGAAUGAUGUUGAUGGCCGUACUCAAUGGCAAUAUCCAACCGAGGAAUCUGAAUGUACCCCUUCACCACCUAUGAUAUCUAAUUCAAGCACUCCUCCUCCUCCAAAUAUUUCCGAUCAAAAUUCUUGUCAUCCUGAACCAGUAGACAUGGAUAUCGAUGAAGAUAACCAUAAAGAAGACACAGAAAUUAUUGUUCCACCAAUCCCUGGAGACGAACUAUCAUAUGAAUUGAAUUCAUUUUAUGCCGAUCUUGCUCAGUUUGAAUCAAAACCAGCUGGACAAAUUGAAACAAUGAUUGCUGUUCCACCACCUGAAAUUAUUGAAACUGAGUCAAAAUUAAAAACACCUACUUAUACAUUAAAAAACACUCUUGAAGAAGAAAAAGAUAUUGUAAAACCAAAAAAGAAGAAAAAGGUAGGGAAAUUGGAUGUAGGUCUGGGAUUAAAACAAAAAUAUGUAUCGUCACUGGUACAGAAAUGGCAACAAAUUCAAAAUGAAAUCAAAUGACAACUGUUUUAUCACUCGCCCCUUUGUUGUUUUAGAUUAAUUUCUAAGUCUUACCAAUUGAAAUUUUAACAAUAUGUUUGUAAAUUAUGUAAUUACUUUAAGAAAUAUAUUAUAAUAUAAAUAA